CUUCGAAAAGCACUACCCAUAACAUCAUGAGUCUUGUCUGGACUUUGAUAGCUGGCUUCCUUUAUGCCGAAAUUGCAGUUGUACUGCUAUUGGUAUUGCCAAUUGCCAGCCCAUACAAAUGGAAUCGUUUCUUCAAAUCGAAAUUUUUGGCUAUGCUUGCCCGGCAGGCCCAUCUGUAUUUCUUCCUCAUAAUGGGAGUACUGGUACUCUUCCUGCUGGAUGCAAUUCGCGAAAUGCGUAAAUAUUCACAUCACGACCACAGCAGCGAUGUCCAUUUGAAUGUGGAAAUGCAGCACAGCAUGCGUUUGUUCCGUGCCCAGCGUAACUUCUAUAUUUCUGGAUUUGCCAUUUUCCUGGUCUUGGUAAUACGUCGUUUGGUUACCUUAAUUUCAACACAGGCCAAUCUCUUGGCUCAGAGCGAAGCAUCAAUGAAACAGGCCGCUUCUGCUUCGGCAGCUGCCAAAUCAUUGAUGGCCGAGAAGAGUACCGAAAAGGCUAAAGAAGCCACCGAGGAUGCGACAUUGGGAGAGAUUACAAAAUUGAAAGAUCGCAUCCAUGAGCUUACUGCCGAAUUGAAUCGUGAAAAGAAGGACAAGGAAGCCCUGAAAUCACAAGCUGAAAGUUUAAAUAAGGAAUAUGAUCGUCUCACCGAGGAAUAUAGUAAAUUGCAAAAGAAAAUCACAAUUAGCGGUGGUGCUGGAGGCAAGGGUGAUUCCAAGGACGAUUAAAUAAA